CUCUGCAACCACGUAAGACGAUAAUACAGAUUUUCAGGACUUUUCAAGUUAUAUAUUUACUCUGGGAAAGCUUCCCGUAUUCAGAGUCGGAUUAUGCAGCUGCUUAAGACGAAACAGUCCUCACAGAUAUGCUGCUGCUGUUCGUAGCACUGCUGCCCCUGCUGGUGCAGUCAGCUCCGGUCACUAAAGACUUCCUGCCACUGGACUGUGAGGACAUUUACAAUAACGGCUCCAUCCACAGUGGAGUUUACACCAUCUUCCCUGCUGGGUCUGCAGGUGAACCUGUACAGGUGUACUGUGAUAUGGGCUGUGAUGAAGACGGGAGCCACGGGAAGGAAAGAUGGACUGUGAUUCAGAGGAGGUUUGACGGCAGUGUGAAUUUCUACAGGCCAUGGGUGGAUUAUAAGAAUGGCUUUGGGAAUGCAGACGGAGAAUACUGGCUGGGUCUGGAGAACAUCUUUCUAAUGACUUUCAGGGAGAGGUAUCAACUGAGAGUGGACCUCGAGGACUUUGACAAAGGCAGCGCCUACGCCCAGUACAACUCUUUCUACAUCGACUCAGAGCGCAGCACUUAUGCACUGCACAUCGGCAACUUUAUCAACGGAGGAGCAGGGGACACUCUGAGCAGCGUUAAUGGCAAAAUCUUUUCAACUCCUGACCAAAAUCCAUACGGCAGCUGUGCAGACAGUUUCAUGGGAGGGUUUUGGUACACCUGCUGGUGGAGUAAUGGCGUAGCCAACCCCAAUGGUGUGUACAAAUGGGAGAACGUGGACACAUCAUACUUAGACAACGGGAUCCUGUGGAACAGCUGGAGAAAUCAUUACUCUAUGAAGACUGUAGUGAUGAAGAUCAGACAGGUCACUAUAGACGACAUUAUAUAAAUGUAGCAUGUCAUUGAUUACAAACUAAACAAAGUGCAAAUCAUAUUGUUCUGCAUAUUUCUGUGACAUAUUACUCUGUAUAACCACAAAGCAUUAUUAUUAUUGUUUCAGCUGCGCUCUCUCUCUCUCCCUCUCUCUCUCUCUCUCUUUCUCUCUCUCUCUCUCUCUCUCUCUCCCUCUCUCUCUCUCUCUCUCUCUCUCUCUCUCUCUCUCUCUCUCUCUCUCUCUCUCUCUCUCCCUCUCUCCAUUCAUGAAGGACAUCAAAGUCCAGUUAAAAUCAUGAAUUAUGAAAUUACAGAUUUUACACAGAUUUUACAGAAAUAAAGUCUUGUUUCUUCAUUGAUACACAGGUCAUGUCUUUCCAGUUUAUUUUAACAAUAAUCAAAGUUAUUGAGCAAGAGAUUUGUACGAUUCUGACGUGAUUGUAUGGAGUAGUAAAUGACCUUUGUGUUUGUUACCAAAUUGUUCACUGGCAAAUGAUCUACUCUCACGGUAUCAGAAAACGGUGGCUGCAGCAGACGUUUAUAGAAAUGAAUUUGUUCUAAACAAGUGAAUUUGUACAUGUUAUACAUAUGAGAAAUGUUUUAUAAAUUAUAGCAAUGUGGGAUCAUGAUCAUUUAGAACGGAAGAUAAAACUUCAUAAAGUUCAGCGA